UGGUAUAGUAAUCAUUGACAGCUUCAACGAUCUACACGCCUUCAACAUGAAAUUCGCCAUCGUCCUGUUCGCCCUCUUUGCCGUGGCCGUUGCCGCUCCUGUUGCUCCAGAAGCUGAAAUCGUCGAGUUGAAGUCUGAUGUCGGACCCGAGAGCUACAGUUACGGAUUGAAGACUUCCGAUGGUACCUCAAAACAGGAGGAGGGUCAGCUGAAGAACGCCGGCACCGAGCAGGAGGGCAUCGCCGUCAAGGGAUCCUUCUCCUUCGUGGCCGAUGACGGUCAGACUUACACUGUGAACUACAUCGCCGAUGAGAACGGAUUCCAGCCCCAGGGUGCCCAUCUGCCCGUUGCCCCCGAGGCCUAAGUUUUUAGAUUAUCAAUAAAUUGUUUAUAAAAAAAAUAUCAUAUGCUUUUUCGCUUAUCAAUCGAAA